AAAGCUAGCCUGCGCCUCAAACGCUAUCAUAGUCAGGAUGAAGAGUUUUCUGCUUGUUGUUGCCCUGUUGGCCGUGGCCAGUGCCGAAUGGAUCGAUAUCGAUUGGUCCCAGGUGAAACCGAUCGAAGAGUUCGAUCAUUACUGGGCCCGUCUGCCGGCGGAGUGGCAGUUCCUGCGUAAGCUUACCCCAGAGCGUCGAGUCACCAACGGACAGGAAGCAACCCCCGGUCAGUUCCCGUAUCAGAUCGCUCUGCUUAGUACUUUCUCCGCGGGUACCGGUCUGUGUGGAGGAUCCGUGCUGACAAACAACUACAUCCUGACUGCUGCCCAUUGCGUUCAGAACGCUCUCGGAGGAACUGCCAUCAUCGGAGCUCAUAACCGAAUCAACACUGAGCCAAGUCAGCAGAGAAUUGCCUUCGGUAGCGCUGGAAUUGUAAUUCAUGCUGGAUACACACCGACCAACAUCAGAAACGACAUCGCCGUUGUCCGCUUGAACAGUGCCAUUGUGUUCAAUGACCGUGUACAACCUACUCGCAUUCCAGCUGCCAGCGACGGUCGCCAAUUCGCCGGUGAAACCGCUACUGUAUCUGGAUUCGGUCGUACCUCAGAUGCCAGCCAGGCCACUUCCGCUGUCAUUAUGUUCGCCUCCAAUCCAGUUAUGACCCAAGCCGAUUGUCUUUCCAGCUGGGGUGGUAACACCAACAUUAUUCAGGCCCAAAACAUUUGCAUGUCCGGAGCUGGCGGUCGUUCGGCUUGCAAUGGUGACUCUGGUGGUCCUCUGACUGUUGCCGAUGGUGGUAGUUCUCUGCAGGUCGGUAUCGUUUCGUUCGGAUCCGCUGCCGGUUGCUCGAUCGGAAUGCCCUCGGUAUACGUUCGUGUUACCUUCUUCCGCGAAUGGAUCGUUAAUAACUCGGACUUCUCGUAAAAAGGGGUUUCCUUGGUAGUGGCUUUCGAUAUGAUGGUUAGCAAUAAAUCGUUUUGAAAUCAUUCAGAAGAUAA